AUGCGUGGUGUGCAAGGCCAAAGGACUGCCGGAUGCCCACAGGCUGGAGGAGGAGCCUGCCCGCCCGCGUCGAAAAGCGCGAUGAGAAAGAACAGGCGGGAGGAGAGGAAGCAACCGGUGGCUUCGGCCCGGAACUCGGAGCCGCCCGGGGACCGAGAGGCGGGAAACCCGAUAGACCCAGAUAUGGGUAUCGACGUCGAAGGUCAGGGGUCCCUGGACUGGGACCACACGGACACACCGGCGGAGAUGAGAGGGAAAAUCGGUGAAGAAGCGCAAACCGGGAAAGACCAGGCGAACCUGAACCACGCACGACAGGCGCAGGAUCUUUUCCUGCAUACCCUGGCGGAGCGUGGGUGUGGGGUAGGGGUUAUAGCUGAACCCUAUAGCAUCCCAAACAGCCCUAACUGGGCUGGGAGUGCCGACGGGUCGGUGGCUAUAACCUGGCGCAGGACCGGACAACGACACGUCCCUUGGACCAAGGCCAAGGAGGGCGAGGGCUGGGUCAUAGUGGAAUGCGGCACGCUCAGCAUAAUGGGUGUGUACUUGAGACCCAGCCUAAGCAGGGCCGAAGUAGAGGAGAGGCUCGACGAAAUGGAAAGCGAGCUGAGAGGAGUGCUCCCUGGACCGAUCCUGGUCGCCGGGGAUUUUAACGUGAAGUCCGCGGACUGGGGUUCCCGGCGGCCGGACGCAAAGGGAGCGGUGAUAGCGGCAUGGGCGGCGCGACUGGGGCUAAGGCUCGAAAACCGGGGCAACGCGAGCACCUGCGUCAGAGCACAAGGCGAGUCGAUCGUCGACCUUGCCUGGACGUCCCCGAAGGCUGCCCGGUGGAUGGAGGGGUGGAGAGUAGUGGAAGAGGUGGAGACUCUCGGAUCACCUCUUCAUUGA